GUAAAAUACCAUCGAAGAAGUCGCCUGGAGGUGUGGCCAAAGAGCGGAAGUAAACAGACAGCUAAAUGGUGUAACGGAUCAAGGGAGCUCCUUGAGCGAGCCACCAAGCCGCCCAUUAUAAAAAUUGAACAAUAAAUAAAUACAUCCUCAUUUUUGACCUACUUGAAAGUGUAUCAUAAUAACAACUAGGUUACAUCCCUAACCAGCUAGCCACAAUGGCUAAAGUCGUUCACCAGGAUUUCCAUUCACAGCUUCGUUCCGUUGUCGACAAAUUGGCGAUCACGGCUGUGAAAGAAAUUUCAAAACUUGUGGAUGAUGGAUUUGCGAUAUUGCAUGUAGAAAUUUCGCGAAGCCACGAAGAAAAUGAAGCACUAAAAUGCAAAAUACAGACGAUGGAGCUACAAAUAGCACGAGGAUGUGUGGAGGAGUCGGGAAUGCGAGAACAGCUCGCCAAGUGUCGUUGCGAAUCCAGUUAAAACCACAAAUGACGUCUUUGUAGAAUGUAUGGACGUGCCGAAGAUGGACACAGGAUCCCCCUCUCGGAACGAGAACACUCCCACACCAUCAACUCACGUGAGGGCAGAGUGUGCAGACAUGGAGGAGGGAAGGACUGAAUGGGUUCUUAUAAAGGAGGAGAGUGUGGAAGAGGACAGAGACCCACAGGGAGAGAUGAACUCCAGGGAGGAGAGAGCCGUGGAGUGGAGGGCAGGCAGCAGGGAAAAGCGUCCCGUUCAGGAAACGCAGAAUAAAGCAGCGAAUCACACAGAGGAGCUCACUGAGCAGCACAGGACCAGACGUGGUGUUUGGGAGGCUGCAGACGGGGAGAGACGAUCCCUUGCAUCACUUCAAAUUAAGGAGGAGAACGCAGAGGAAGUUCUGGGGAACUCAGAGUCUCGCAGAGAACGAGGGAACGGAGUGAAAAGAUUGGUGGAGUCAGGCACUGAUGGUGUGCAACAAGCUCCCUCAUUGGUCAGACAGACCAGACCAGCUGCCCAUAGAGAAAGCCAGGGGGCCCAGCACAGAAAUCUGGACAGACAAGGUCUGGAGGCCGUUUCCCAGGAGAGGCCUGGUCAGCGAAGAACCCUGCUUCCACGACUGACCCCUGACCCAGAGACCGAGGACCCGUCUUGCUCUUUCUCUGCAGAAAGGGACAUGGAGAUCCCGCUGGUUCACUCGGAGACGCAGUCAGGUGCCGUCACGGUGGAAGGUGCUGCUGACACGCUUUCCGCUCUGUCUUCCCUUCAGUGGGACUCUGAGCUUGUGCAGGUGGACUUUGUGCCCGUUGGAGAGCAGGCAGGGCCGUUUGCAGCUUGGAAUGAAGGAAGACUUCUUACGCAGCACAGACUUUACAGUGAGGUGCAGGACAAAGGUGAAGGGGAGCCAGAACGUGUCAGUAACCCUUGUCCUUCAUUUACCCAAAGGGUAGGGAGAGAGAACACGGCAGAGUCUGAAUACAUUGGCCCCAGCACAACCGGAUGUGGACCAUUUAAACGUUUAACCGCCUCCAAAAGCCACAGUAUGCAAGACAGAAUUAACAGAGUAAAGCUGUUCUCUUAUCCUACAUUUGAGAAGAGCUUUGGUAGUUUUAAAGACAAUGAAUUCCAACAGGGAACUCUUACUGAAGAGAGACCGUUCAGCUGUAUGCAGUGUGGAAAGAGCUUUGCUAGAUCACAUGACCUCAAAGGACACCAGAGGGUCCACACUGGAGAGAAACCGUUUGUUUGUACACAUUGUGGAAAGCGGUUUUCUUACCAUCACCAGCUCAAAAUACACCAGAGGAUCCACACCGGGGAGAAGCCCUUUGUUUGUGGACAGUGUGGAAAGCGCUUUACACAGUCCAGUCAUAUUAAAACACACCAGGCUGUACACACGGGAGAGAGGCCGUUCAGCUGCUCACAGUGUGGGAAGAGCUUCUCAAUCUUCGGAAAUCUUCUGAGGCACCAAAAUGUUCAUAAUAGAAAAUAAAUAUUUUGGGCUUCUUUUCUUUAAGAAUGACCACGAGGGCAAAGGUGGCUAACGCAGGUCUUAGAGAGCUUGUCUGCUAGUUUUCAUUUUCACAUUAAAUACAAUGAAUACCACUAAACUUGGUGCGUAAAUUGUGUAAUUGACUGCUUUCAUUGAUCAAUUAAGUGUUGAGUCCAAAAGCCAGCAGACCCUGCGCCUCACCAGUAGCCGGGCUGGUAAUCUCUGCUCUAAUAUCCAGCCAGAAGUUUUAAUGUAGGAUUGUAUGAACCACAUCCAUUCAUUUUCAGAGAAUUAGGCACAAAAACAAGGUAUUUAAACAAAAUAAAAUGAACAAGAAAGAAUGA